AUGGCAAAGAAGGGCUAUGACUCCAAGCCUGCCCUCCAUGGAGCAGCCAUUGCCGAGGGCCGCCCGGGACGGCUGCAGCGUCACCUGAGCGGCGAGUACGAGGAGCUGCGAGACUUCCCCAUCUUCGAGAGCAACUUUGUGCAAGUGACCCGACACGGAGAAGUCGCCAACAAGGUGACCAUGGGGGUGGCCGCCUCCAGCCCGGCCCUGGAGCUCCCGGACCUGCUGCUGCUGGCGGGCCCCACCAAGGAGAAGAGAUGCCUGCAGCUGUUCGGACUCGUCCCCCUGAAGUUUGUGCAACUUUUUGUCCACGAUGAGAGCCAAUAUCAGCUCAAGGUCAAGUUCCACACGGGCCGCCUCUUCUACCUGCAGCUUCGGGCCGCCCCCGAGACCCGGGAGCGCGAGUUCGGCCAGUGGGUGCGGCUCUUGUACCGCCUGCACUUCCACUUGGCCGACGAGGGCGCGGUGCCCUUCACGCAGGCCAUUGCGGCUGACGCGUGGGAGGACGAGGAAGACAACGACGGCAAGGAGAACCUGGUGCAGAGCGAGCUGGACACCGUGGAAGCAAAACUGAACCCACCGCUGUCGGAGCUCUGGGGGCUCUGAGGUCUGGCCCCGCAAGCAGAUGGAUUAUUGAAGCUAAUAAAGUCGCACCCCUUGGGACGCAGCA